CUAUUCACGUGACUCUUUAAAACCGAAUGACGGAAGUUGACGUUGAAACGCGGUGUAGUAGCUUUUCAACAAUGGCCUUCGCUUCAGUUUUGUUAUUUAUAUUUUCAUUUUAUAGCUGUUAUGCUCAAGUGCCGCUGCUCAUGUGGACCAGUGACGGGUACAGCUUGCCACAUCUCACCCAAGACCCAGCCGGUCAUGUAGUGUCCGAUGGACAUCUUGUGUCUUAUUUAAAAUCUGCAUUAGAUUCUGCUCCACAUAAUGUUUUACUCUUUCUACAAGAUAAGCUUAGUGUAGAUGACUUCACUGUUUACGGCGGCGUGUAUGGGAACAAGCAAGAUAGUGCCUUUUCCAACAUAGAGGCAGCUCUUCAGGCAUCGUCCAAUCCCCUGGUGUUGCCUUCUCUUGUCUGGUCAGCAUCAGAUUCAGUACUGGAACUCUUUCAGCGAGAGCUGGGCAUCCCAGCAGUCCACAUCGGUCCGAGCACUCUGGAAGAAUUUCAGCUAAAUGCUUCCCAGCCUUCACUGCUGGCUGUCCACCUCCCCUACACCGCUGGUACUGAGACAAAGGAAAUGCUCCUUAAAAAUGAUAAAAUCAUCGGAGAGGUUCUUGGCAUGUUUGAAUCUCAUGGUGUGCCUUAUACAGCCGUAUACACCAGCCUGAAGCCUUCCAUUAUCAUUCAGGAGACUCCGAUAAUGGAAGAAAGUGCCAUUGGACGUUCAUUACUUCAGGCUCCACCACAGCCAUCUGUGAAACCUCCGGUUACAUUUGAAAACAUACCAGGACAGCCGUGUAUAAUGCUAUGGGCUGAAAACCUCACUGUUGCUAAUGAUAAAGAGUCCGUUGAUCUGGCCCCAGGGGCAUUUAAUGGUUCUGCCACCUUGAACGGUUCAACUUGCAACCAAACUCUUUCAAGACUCGUCCUAAAUUACCAAAAUGUUUUUGGGGCCAAAUCUUUUCGCCUUAUCUUCUCCAUGCGCAACAGCCUCUUUCCAGUGUCUGCUCGUUACUGGAGCGUCAUGGAGCAGUUGGUGAUAGAGCAUGAUGGGCAGACAUCAGUCUUUAAUGGUAGUGGUGGUAUCUAUUCACCUGCGGAGUAUUCUUUCCAUUGCCAGAAUGUGAGCAGCACACAGAGCCCCCUGCUUGUUCCUACUGUAAGGGAUACCCCUUGGAGGCUGUCAUUCACAGAUUUUCAGAUCCAAGGCUUCAAUCUUCAAUCUGGUAAUUUUUCAUAUGCCAGUGAUUGUGCAGGUUUCUUCACUCCAGGGAUUUGGAUGGGCCUUAUCACCACUCUCCUCAUGGUCCUGAUCCUCACUUACGGCCUGCACAUGAUCAUGCAAGUUCGCACCAUGGACCGCUUUGACGAUCCAAAAGGCCCGGCUAUAUCAGUGCCUUUAAAUGAAUGAUUUGAGUCAGGAAAAACAGCCAUUUAUUGAUUUUGUAAGUUAAUUCAGGAUCUAGGUAUUUGAAUGUUUUAAAUGUGUAUGUUUAUUUUGUUGGCUUGUAAGAAGUGGUAAGAGAAUAAUUUUCACUUGUUUUUCAUGUGAAUGGUCCAGUUUCAAAAGGUUUGAUACAUUAGUUUUAAUAUACACAUGUUGCUCUGUCAAGCUAAUGUAAAAUGAAAUUACAUUUUGGCUUCUGUGAUCAACUUGUUUUUGUACUAUUAUUUAUCUCAUUUGUCUUUUAAAUUGGAUGGUUGAAUUGUGUGUUUAUUUGUAAUUAUGAGAUUUGCCAAUAUGUAUAUACCAAAUGUACUAGAUAAAGGGGUGGGGUUUCAUUCUCUUGUCGUAAAGUUAUGAAUUUUUGGAAAAAAUGAAUUGUAUAUUAUUGGGAAUCACUAAUUUGUACCAUUUUUGAUUAUUGAUUUUGAAAAUUAAUAAGCCUGUGCCUUUCAACGUGCAGAGAUUUAUUUUGACAAUUUACAGAGCAUAAAAUAUAUUCUACGGACUUCUAACACCAUCUCUUUAAUAAAAAGCUUAAUUACAAAACCAAUAAGCUUU